GGGGUGUUGUUCACCGCUCACUGAGCAUGCAAUGAGAUGGUUGUUCACUCCUCCCUGGCAUGGGGAAAUCUGGUGUCUAGGGCAUGAAGUGGGUUCUGCGUCCCACUGGUGGGUGUUGGUUACGGUGGCGCGGCCAGUACUCCCACCCUGUCAGUGGCAUCACUUGGUCAGAAUAGUGAGAAUACGUCCCCCCACUCUCACCCUUCUGUUCUCACUGCCCAGGUUGAUCUGCUGAAUUAUGGCAUCGGCAGUGGAGCGAAUGGAUGAGCUGGUUCGGGAGUACCUCCUCUACAGAGAAUUCAGCAGUACACUGAAAACGUUUGACACUGAGAUCAAGGCGGACAAGGAUAAGGGAUUUCGAGUUGACAAAAUUGUAGAACACCUACAGCAUUUGGUUCAGGGUUACGACCUCAAUGGACUGCGUGAAUACUGGGGUUACCUGGAUCGGCGCCUGUUCAGCAGGCUGGAGGAUGCAUAUCGACACACAGUCAACAAGCUGAAAACCAGCCUUUGCCGUUACUACCUGGUCCACACUGUCCAGUCUAAUAGGAUUGAUAAAACCCAGGAAUUCUUCCAGAAACAGGCCCUUGAAUUGCAGAACCAGCCAGAAUGGAAAGAGUGGUUUGUUCUUCCCUUCAUUCCAAAUCCAGAUCAGAACCUGGUGUUCGCCACCUACUUCUCAAAGCAGUGGGCAGAGACUUUCCUGGUGUCGCUGCACAACUUCCUGAGCGUGCUCUUUCAGUGCAUGCCUGUUCCUGUGUUGCUGAACUUUGAUGCGGAAGUCCAGAGAUUCUCCCAACUGCAAGAAGAAAAUGAAGCCUUAAGGCAGAAGCUGUUUGCUCUGCAAGCAGAGCCAAGAAUGAAGAAAGAAGAAGAGAUGAUUCACCAUAAAUUACCUCCUUACGUUCAGAACAUGGACCGGCUGGGAGAUUCAGAAUUAGACUUGAUGUCCAGCCAGAGGGCCUCAUCGCUGCUGUGCCCUCAGACCAAAGCUGGCUCAUUUUUGUCAUUGUUACUCCCGCAAAGCAAGAAACCUCCAGGGAGGGGGCCAGUACACCCAGGGUCUUUGCAGUUUUCUCAGAGUCCUGUGCCCUCUGGAAAGAGAGAUGGUACCAACAAUCAGACCACUAAGAGUAAAGAGAGUUCAGUGCCCAAAGAGGGGAAAGUGCUGGUGAGCACAGCUGCUGACCCCAACACGGCACAGCAGCGACAGAGAAAGGUACAAGACCAUGAGAGAGACCCAAAUUUGGUGCAGCCGCGACAGAGGAAGGUACUGGACCAUGAGAAGGAACGGAAGGAGCUAUUGUCCAAACAUGCUGCCCAGGGUCUGGAGAAAAAAGUGGAGUCUGGCAGUGCUGAGAUGGAUAUUCCCAGCAGUCCUGAGAUGGCUGUGGAUCAACCGGACUCUCCUACAAAACUGGCUAAGUGCAGCGUGGAGCGAGGGAGUGAGCAGCCUUUCAUAGUAUUGAGUCAGGAGGAAUAUGCAGAGCAUCACUCCUCCAUUAUGUACUGCGGGGUGGAUUGCUCUGGUAGGAGAGUCGCCAGUCUGGAUGUUGAUGGAGUGGUUAAAGUAUGGGCAUUUAAUCCCACCAUGCAGACUAAGGCCACCAUAAUGUCCAAAUCACAGCUGCUUUCCUUGGAGUGGGCCACCAAACCAGACCGAUUGUUGUUGCUUGGCAGUGGGGUUGGAACGGUCCGACUUUAUGAUACUGAAGCCAAGAAGAGCCUGUAUGAGCUGACAAUCGAUGAAUCUUACCCCAGAAUCUUGUCUCUAGCUUGUAGUCCAAGUGGUACAUCGUUUGUUUGCUCCUCAGCUGCUCCGAGCAUCAAGCCAGUGACGGUGCUGGAAACUGGAGAUAAGGGAAUGAAUCUGGUUCCAGGUAAUCUCCUCCUGUGGGACACGAAAACCAUGAAGCAGCAGCACCAGUUUUCUCUGGAUCCUGAGCCCAUUGCUAUUAACUGUACGGCUUUCAAUCAUAAUGGAAAUCUCCUGGUGACUGGAGCUGCUGACGGGAUCAUACGACUCUUCGACAUGCAGCGGUAUGACUGUGCUAUGAGCUGGCAUGCACAUUCUGGGGAAGUUUAUUCAGUGGAAUUCAGCUAUGAUGAAAACUCAGUUUACAGCAUUGGUGAAGAUGGAAAGUUCAUUCAGUGGAAUAUUCAUAAGAGUGGAGUCAAGGUUUCCGAGUGUGGGGUACAGUCAGACGCCAUCGGCCCAUUUGUACUGUCUGGGUACAGCGGGUACAAACAAGUGCAGGUGCCUCGUGGAAGAUUGUUUGCGUUUGACUCAGAGGGGCACUAUGUUCUCACUUGUUCCUCUGGUGGUGGAAUCAUUCACAAGCUGUCUAAUACAGAGCAAAUGUUGGAGCCUUGCCUGUCUCUCGGAGGUCACCGAGCACCUGUGGUAACUGUCGAUUGGUGCACUGCAAUGGAUUGUGGGACAUGCCUGACAGCAUCCAUGGAUGGGAGGAUUAAGCUCACAACUCUACUGGCCCAAAAACCAUGAAUGGAGAGCCCAUCACGACUGAAGCUGCAGUGUGGCUGACUGAGAUACAUUGCUUCAUUAGCAAGGUGCAGGGUAUUGCAAUAAUGUGUUGCCAAUUCAAUCUGUGUACAUAUUUGGAGGUUCCACUAAUGAUUCCAAGUACUUUGCAUUCUGUCCAACUACAUAUUUCUAUAGCUUUCUGGUUAACAGUUCCUUGUAUGAAAAGCCAUUCCUGUUAUUGUUUCAUGCCUAACAAUUAACUUCAAGAGCAGCAUAUUGUGCAUUAUAAGGACCAGGAUUAUUGUGCUGUCUAAAUUUAAUUUAAAAAUAAUGAUACAACCUGGGUACCCCAUUAAUAGUAGCUCCUUGCCUUCUUUGUCACUGUGAUGUAACGUGCCCUCAGUGUGAGCAAAAUAUGCUGUAUUUUUACUCGCCUCUCACAGUUCGGACAAGUCAAAUGUUAUGUUCUGUUGUUCUGCCAGUGUGCUGGCUACAUGCACGAAGUAGUGUUGUUAUAGGCCAGAACUUACUUAAUGGGUUUGAUCAUUGGUUUAGCUGAUUUCCAAUUAGACAUUUGUCGGAUGUGACAGCUUCCCUCAGUGCCCCUGGGGUAGAUGGUUAAAAAUUGGCCAGCUUCUCAGUCCUGUGCUAUCCAGUGCCACUUGCUGUGUUUUUGGUUAAGAACAGGAUCUGGGCAAACAGUCUUAACUGUCAUGGUUAGAUAAACUGCAGGUACCUCACUGUGCGGUCUCCACACACUGGAGCAGCAAGAUCUCAGAGACCUGAGGGCGAUCAGGCUGACCAUCAGAGACAGAAAUUAUCUAGCAUACAUGCACAUCUAGAUAAUCCCGUUGCCACACAAAGCCACGUGACAUAGGGUCAUCCCUAUCACCCUCGCUCCACAUUAUUGACAGACAUCAGCAACAAUGCCACGCUCAACCCCUGUCUCCGCCCUGGUUUUUCAUUGGCCUUGUUUUCAUCAGAACUCAGCAACGCGAAGAAGACUGAUGGAUAAGUUUGAAACAUCAUAUGCAAGUGAGAAACUUAGCAUAGAAUAAACCUGAUCCAACAUUA